CUCUCUCUCUCUCUCUCUCUCUCUCUUUGUUUCUUCACCGGGAAAUGAUUUGUAUGAUGACAUAACGAGGAUGCUUUGAUUUUUUCCGGGUUGAACAUUCUCUCAGGAACUUUGGAUCUCCACAAACAAAUAAACAGGAUCUGUGUCCUCCCGCGAUUCAGGUGUUGUGAGCCAUGGGGAGCUUCAAGGGCCAUGCGCUCCCCGGGAGCUUCUUCCUCGUAGCUGGCAUCUGGUGGACCGGAAAGUACUCGCUCUGGCACGCCAGCCGCAGGAACAAGAACAUAGGCUCCACUCGAUUGGCCAGCAGAGCCUCGCAGCGGCGCCUGGAGAUCAUUGAGAGCUCUGUCGUACUCUUCUUCUCUUUGGUUGGGAUUCUGGCGGAGCAGUUUGCUGCAGGUGGACCGAGGCUCCAGUUGUACAACUUUUCAGAGAAACACUGGCAAUAUCUGAUGAACUGGCAGCACGCCACCAUGUACCUGUUCUUCGGCCUGGCUGCGGCGGUGUCUCUGGUCAUCCACGCCACAGAGGCGGCCCCACUUGCACUGGAUAGGUUAAUGCUGGCCCUUGCUUUCUUUAAUGAAGGAUUUAUUUUCUUCUACCACCUCCACGGCAGAAGCAUGCUGGACGUCCAUGUUCACCAGCUCCUGCUCUUUGCCGUCUUUGGCGGGGCCCUCGUUGCCUCCCUGGAAGUCUUUCACCGAGGCAACAUCAUUCUGGAGCUGCUGCGGUGCACCCUCACCGUCCUGCAGGGAAGCUGGUUCUGGCAGAUCGGUUUUGUGCUUUACCCUCCUAAUGGCCCCGAGUGGGACAUGAAGGAUCCCAGCAACAUGAUGUUCAUUACCAUGUGCUACUCGUGGCACCUUGCCUUCGCCAUGCUCCUCGUGGGUUCGCUCUAUUGCACCGUCAGCUGUGGUGUUCGCUCCAGAUUAAAGAGGACUCCCCCGAUGGAAAUGGGACUUCUGAAGCCCAGAGAGAGGGACCCAGAGUCAGAGGAUGAGAUUUUAUGAAGAGGACUGUUGUCCACCUACAUCGUGACUCGUGUAUAUCACAGUUGAAUCAGGGAUAUAACGUUUGCAGCAAUACAACCAGAAGCAAGGCGUGCAGGCAAAAAGGGAUAAGGACACGGUUUCUGGAUGCUUUACUUUAAAAUAUAUAUCUCUACCUCUGCCUUAUUUAAUCAGCUGUACGCCUCACUUAGCCUUACUCAUGUUGUUCAUCAUUCAAGAGUUGUGUUUUUUUUAGCAGUGGCCUCUUACUUUUCAUAUAUUCUGCCAUAUUCUUUUAUUAUUAAAUUGCACAUACAGUAUAUGAGUGAACAUAAAACUAUAAGGGUAAUCUUUAUUGAUUGCAUGCUUUCUAUCGUGACUCCCAAACUUUUCUCUUCAGACAUGUUGGUGUAAAUUAGUGCCACCUUGUGGUUAAAACAAUGAUCAUCAUCAGCACAGCAUACAUUACUUGAAAUUAUUUUUGUGUGGCUUUUGUGUAACGAUAAACUGUAAUAAUAAUGAUAGGAAGUUGAGUCAUGCAUGUGAGUCACACCUAAUGCCAUACAACAUUAUUUACAUGUUUAACUUUUGUUAUUAGAGAUUAGUACAGACUAAAUUAUGUUGCUAUUGUUAAUGCCUGUCUGUGGAGAAUUUAUGAAGUGCGGCAUAAUGUUUUUACAGUGUCUAUAUGUAGGAAAGCUAACACAGUGUUUAUGGCGCUCUUAUCAAAACGUUCCUACCGUUUAAAUAGUUGUAAUACAAUUAUUCUCAGAAGUAAUUUCUUUCAUUGGUGACACCACAGGACAUCACAUUAAAACUAAAUGAUCUCGCA